AUGUCUGAGUUUAAUUGUAGCACUUGCAGGCAAAAAUUCAACACUUUUAUGUGGUGUGAUUCAUGUCAAAAGCAGGAAUUUGAGAAUAAUUUCAAAAACUGGACGAGUGAAAAUGAUGAAAUCGAUUCUUUUAUACAGCAAACCCAAUUAAAGGCGAUAGAUUUUGAUCAAUUCAUUCAAUGGAUGCCUUUUGAAGGUUUUGACAUCUUGGGAAAGGUUGGCCAAGGAGGCUUUGCUACGGUCUAUGAGGCCAUUUGGUGUGAUGGUCCUAUAUGGAAUUGGAAUGUCAAGAGUAGAAAAUGGGAAAGAAAUGAUUCUUGCAGGGUUGCUUUGAAAGUGCUUGAAGAUUCAAAAGCACAUGAAUUAUUUUUGUUUGAUAAUUACGGUGAACUAGAUGUUAAGGAUGAAAAAUUGUUCAAGUUCGGACACGAAUACGAAUUACAUCCUGGUGCCGUUUAUAUUAGUCGUGAUCUUAGCAUAUAUGCUCAAUAUUUAUCACAAGAUGAAGUAGUAGAAAUCGAAUGGAGUAAAGGUAAAAAAUUAGAAGUGUACGAAAGGUAG